AUGCACGUUUCUGGUACAUGGUCGGGGGAGGAGAGCGUGGGCGUGGAGAGAGAGGAAAUGCUGCGAGCGCCUGAGGAGAGGCCACGGGCGGCGGAGGAGAGGAAGCGGGCGGCGGAGGAGAUGAAGCGGGCGGCGGAGGAGAUGAAGCGGGCGGCGAAGGCGAUGAAGCGGGCGGCGGAGGAGAUGAAGCGGGCGGCGGAGGAGAUGAAGCGGGCGGCGGAGGUGUUGCGUGUUAAUGGUGCAUGCGGCACGGGGCAUGGUGCAUGGGGCACGGGGCAUGGUGCAUGCGGCACGGGGCAUGGUGCAUGGGGCACGGGGCAUGGUGCACGGGGCACGGGGCAUGGUGCACGGGGCACGGGGCAUGGUGCAAAGGGCACGGGGCAUGGUGCACGGGGCACGGGGCAUGGUGCACGGGGCACGGGGCAUGGUGCACGGGGCACGGGGCAUGGUGCAUGGGGCACGGGGCAUGGUGCAUGCGGCACGGGGCAUGGUGCACGGGGCACGGGGCAUGGUGCACGGGGCACGGGGCAUGGUGCAUGGGGCACGGGGCAUGGUGCAUGGGGCACGGGGCAUCGUGCAUGGGGCACGGGGCAAGGGCCAUGA